ACACUCAAUGUUUUUCUUUUAUAGACAAACUCAAAAGUUACAUCCUGUUAUUUUCAGUUUAGAUGACCACAAACUCUUCCUUAACACAAAACAAAACCAAAGAUGUGCAAAAAAGCAUAAAACGAAGCAGAACUUCCGUUAUGAAGCAACAAGCACGUAUACAGAACCAUUUCUUGUGGUCUCCACUUUGCUUAAAGUCUCAACAGAAGAACCUGCAGAACGUGAGAAAGAAUGGCAUCAAAAACAGUUCAGAUGGUAUUUGUGGUUCUCGGUGCCAUCGGGCUGAUUCUGGUCAUUACCUGCUGCGCCCUCCCUGAAUGGGCUGUAGGACAUUAUGGUGAUAUGGAACUUCAUGUAGGUCUGUGGAAGACAUGUGUGAAGCAGAGAACUGGACAGGAGGUGUGCAGAACGUUUGACGGCUCCUUGAUGUCCUCUGAAAAUCAUGCCUUCAGGGCUUUGAUCGUCAUCAGCUGCAUCCUCGGUAUUCUCAGCCUCCUCCUCCUGUUCUUUGGUUCUGACUUCACCCCAUGUGUUCAGAACCAAGAUACCAAGACCAAAAUGAUCCUGGCUGCCACAGUGGGCCUGAUGCUGACCGGCCUGCUGGUGAUCAUCCCGGUCAGCUGGUUUUCAAAUAUUAUUAGAAAUGCAGCAGUGUAUUUGGUGGUGGAGCAGAAACUGGGAGCGAGCAUCUAUAUCGGCUAUCUAGCUGGUUUGAUGUUGAUGCUGAUUGGAGGUGUGCUCUGCUACUUAAUCAGACGCGGAUCCAGCAGCUCUGGAGGAAUCAUCAGAGCUUAAGCUAAAAAAAAAUUAAUUUAGAGGCUUGAUGGAAGGGACUGCUGUCCAACAGACGGGGAGACAAAGGAGUUGGUUUGGUAAAAACUGGGAGGACGACGUGAAAUUAUCAUUUCUAUACUUUUAACAUUUGGUGCUGAAAGGCAUGUACACUGUAAAUCCUUUGCCUUUAAAUUUUAUUUUGGCAGAAUUCCUAGAAUUGAUCUUAAAAGGUCACUUAAAAUUUGACUUCACAAAAAUUAUCAGGAAAAUUUUAAAAUUCAUAAAUGUCUGUAUGCAGAACAAUUUCAUUUCAGUGACCUUUUGAUGCAUGUUCUGUUUGCUUAUUAAACCCAUUUUGUUUUUUCAUGCUUUCUUAAUUCCAGUUUAAAAAACUGUCAACAUAAUUACUAACCAGAUUUGCUUCAGCAAACAAUUUCAUGAUGUUUCUCAGUUUUCUGCUUUAUUUUCUAUUAAUAAAACAUUUACUGUUACUAUUUCUGUUUUUGUACCAUAAUCACAACUGAUCAUUAUCUUUGGUCAAAUUCAGAUGUGAUUGGAAAAAUAAAUAUGAUGUAUCAAAAAUUUAAUCAACUUACAGAAAACUUUACUUCAACUGUUUGAUUCUUCAUCUAAUAUGCAAAAGAAUAUUGUAUUAGAAAAUGAUGCAAACCCUUCA